UCCCACGGUUGCACGCAGUUUCCUCCGGCUUUCUCCACCUCCGGAUACACAGUACCUGAUCUGGGGUCCGAAAGCGUGCAGCCGGGCAGGAUGGGCAGGAGAGCAGAGCCGCGGGGUCUGCAGAGCGAGUGAAGAGCUGUGAGCAGGUCCCGGUGUGCCACGCGGAGCCACGCAGGUGGGCGCGCAGACCCGGCGUCCGACCGCGCGGACGGCAGAGCCCCCGCCUGAGAGCGCGUCGCCUGGCCACUGCUGCCGCGUCGCCUUCUCCCGCGAGGUCGCUAGCGCUGGGCCCGAACUUCCCCCAACGGCACCCAGAGCCCGGCGUCCUCUCCAAUGUUUCAGAAGUCACGCCCGGCGCUGCUGCAGCCUCAAGAUGUCGGAGACAGGGUGGAGACGCUUAUGUUGCAUCCGGUGAUCAAGGCUUUCCUGUGUGGCUCCAUCAGUGGGACCUGCUCCACCCUCCUUUUCCAACCCCUGGAUCUCCUCAAAACGCGUCUGCAGACUCUUCAGCCCUCAGCCCAUGGAUCCGGACGCAUUGGGAUGCUCGCUCUGCUCUUGAAGGUGGUUCGCACGGAGAGUAUUCUGGGCCUUUGGAAAGGGAUGUCCCCUUCUAUUGUGAGGUGUGUCCCUGGCAUUGGCAUCUAUUUUGGCACUCUCUACUCCUUGAAGCAGUACUUCCUGCGAGGCCACCCCCCCACGGCCCUGGAGUCGGUCAUCCUGGGAGUGGGCUCUCGCUCGGUUGCAGGGGUCUGCAUGUCACCCAUCACUGUGAUCAAGACACGUUACGAGAGCGGGAGGUACGGCUAUGAGAGCAUCUAUGCAGCCCUGAGGAGCAUCUAUCGCAGUGAGGGGCGCCGGGGACUCUUCAGCGGCCUGACGGCAACACUCCUUCGUGACGCACCCUUUUCUGGAAUCUACCUGAUGUUCUACAACCAGACCAAAAACAUCAUGACCCAUGACCAGUUGGAUGCAGUCCUUAUUCCUGCUGUAAAUUUCAGCUGUGGGAUCUUUGCUGGCAUUCUGGCCUCCCUGGUGACUCAGCCUGCUGAUGUUAUCAAAACUCAUAUGCAGCUCUCCCCAAUGAAGUUUCGGUGGAUUGGCCAGGCAGUGACACUCAUUUUGAAAGAUUAUGGGCUGCGUGGCUUCUUCCAAGGCGGCGUCCCCCGGGCCCUCCGCAGAGCUCUGAUGGCAGCCAUGGCGUGGACCGUGUAUGAAGAAAUGAUGGCCCAGAUGGGCCUGAAGUCCUGACCAAGGGGGACUGGGAAAAGACGGGCUCUGUUGCCCUGUUGACCUCCCUGGCUCUUGCCAAGGGCUGCUUUGUCUCACUGUCCUGGAGUUAAGAUGAAAGCCAGGCAGAUGUGUCCCCUUCCAUUACCCAGUUGGAAUAGAGAAUAGAUGGGCCUGACUCAAGCCUUCAGAAUCUCCCCAAAGAGGAGUUACUGAUGCCUACAGCACACGGGGAGUUAGAAGAAGGGCUUGCACAUCCUGCCAGACUACUUGAAAAGGCAUUUCUGGAAAGAGCUCUGUCAGGUGCUUCCGCCACCCACCGACGCUAGGCUGCCUGUUUGGAUCUGUUCUUGGGCAAGGCAUUGCACAGCCAGAGUUGCUGUGGCUGAAGAGCUCCAUCGGGGGAAGCCAGGUCCACGGAGAGAGGGGUUCUUGUCACCAGGCUGUAGUCUGUGUCUGGGAUGCUGGUAGGACGAGGAAGAAAAGAUGUCAUUACUUAAUUGGCUACUAAUCCCCUUCUCAGAGGCCCUGAAGAAGUGGGGAGAGUGGCUUCUUAGCCUGUAAGUGUCCAGAUAACUAAUUUUGGUUUUGGCCUCUGCACUGUUUCAAUUCCAAAUU